GAGAUAAUAAGGGAAGUGAACGAGAAACAGACGCAUUGUCCUUUGAUAGCAAUCUAGACUUUUCCUGUUCCUCAGAAAGGACUUUUUUUGACUGCCUGCUCUCUGGGUUGACUAAGGAGGUGGCGUCACUGUUUUAAAGCUGAAGAAAGAUCAUCUUUUGGCAGAGAAGAAAGUCUCCCCAGAGUGUGCUGACUCCCUUCUCCUUACAUUUAGGAUGCAAUGAGUGAUGAUGUUAUCCACAGGAUUCCUGUUGUGCCUAGACUUGCAAAAGAGUGACUGCAACCACAGGUGAUGCCAUGGAAGUCUCCUCCCCACCCCAAUUUCCUGACACCUUUCUUAGCAACUGAUCUAUUCCUGCACUGCUAAGAAGAGUGGAGGUUUUACUACCAAAGAUAGUAGGUGCACAGUAUCUGCCCUCCCCACCGCCCUUGCUCGUUCUCCUACAUGGCUACACUCAAGAGCAUUCUCUAAGUAGAUGGCUCUCGGAGAAGUCAAGCUAUAGAUAGAACAGCUGCUUCUGGUGAUUUCCAAACUAUUUCCUUCAGGAAGUCCUUUCCGAAGCCCAGAAGAUUGUGGAUUCUUUAUCAGACGCUCAGAUGGGCUCCCAACUGAAUGAACAUCUUAUAUUCAUAUUAUCUCGGCUCCUGUCAGCUUUCAUCAUUCUGGCCAAUGUUUUCAUUAUAUUUGGGAUCCUGUUUAAUCGCAAGCUCCAUGGAACCAUCAACUGGUUCUUCCUGAGUCUGCUCAUUGCUGACCUCUUGGCUGCGGGAGCUCUUCCCCAUGUCUUUCAGAAGGAUCAUGUGAGCUAUUCGUGCUUAGCACGUUAUGUUGUGCCCAAUUUCCUUUUUCUCUCUUUUUUAGCCAAUCUGCUGGUGAUGCAUUAUGCUAAAUAUACAUGCAUCAUCCAACCACUGCACUACCGCCAGUCCUGGGUUUAUCGCUGGUCUGGUCUUUACAUAUGCUUAGCAUGGGUGUCUCCCUUGACUUUUGCUUCCAUGCCAUUGGCUUGGUACCAAGGGAAUUCCAGUCAGAAGUGCUCUGCUGAACAAGUCUUAACGUUGCCUUACCUCUUUGUAGAAACCUAUGUGUUCAUCAUCCCAAUCAUCUUUGCAAUAGCUGUAAUGGUAAUCCGAAUACUCUGUAUAGCCAGAAAGCAGCUUAAAACAUUAAAAAAACUGCUUAAUUCAGUGAAUCAAAGUCAGACCCCAUCGGAAUUGGAACAACAACUGGAACUGAGGCAUGCAAAGAGUAUCGCCAGUGUCUCUCUCAUCUUCCUGGUCUGCUGGGUGCCAUAUAUUGUUUGUUUGAAUAUCUCACUACAUUUAGAAAUAAAAGGUAAUAGCACUCUUGCUAUUGUUAUCUGCAUAGGAACUGCCAGUGCUGCUGUAAUACCCAUCAUCCUCAGUCUUGGCAAUCAUCAAUACAUCGAAUUUUGGAGUGACAUGGCCAUGAAAGCCUAUAGAACCUGCUGCCAAAGACAGGGGUGCAAACAAAAACAAAAUAAUCAGCCCCGUGGCAAUAAUACAGAAAUUCCUACAAUUGCAGACUGAUGCUUUGCAGUGGGAAGUCAUCGAAUCCCUCAUCCAGCCAUUUAGCAGCACAAAUGCUUCAAUCUUCUCCCUUCUGCUUGGAAUGAAAUGGGAAUGUGUGCUUCCAUUCAUGGUUUCCCAUAACUUAGAUCAGAAUUCUGCUGUUUGUUGGGGAUCUAAUGCCAUUCAAAGGUUCAGCUAAAUAUAGAAAGGACAUUUCUUUUUCUUUUCCUUGCUGGCAGUCCUGGGAACACAAAGAAGGUUGGAAUGCCUUGAAAACACAUUAACUUUGAUUUGCUAUCAAAAAAUGGAGAAGUUGAAAAACAAUGAACAGUUGGGAAUAGAUUCUCCUACACAGCUCUAUUCCUGAAUUCCCCUCCUCCUAAAUCCCUAACUUCUAGACCUGCUGCUUACAUUAACCCCCCUUUCUCCUGACAUGGAAAAAAGUCCCUGGUUCUCCAUUAUAAGAAUGUCAGAAUAGAAGAUAACAUCUGAAUUUCAGCAGCCUUAGCAAUCCUUGUUCCUUAAAUUCCUUGCAGUGCAAUUGAAGGAUAUUGGGAAGCCAUUGGGACAUUUGUAUAUCAAGUAGGCUGGAUUUACAAUGAACCAUAGGUUCAUAUGAAUAUGUGAAAUGGGAUCACAAGCAGAGUAACCAAAACCAAAUACUGACCACAUUCUAAAAUCAAACCCUUACAAUGUAAGUUAAUCUCUGUUGAAAGAUCAAGAUUCAUUCAUUAUGAAGGCAUGCAAGUACAUAAAUAAAUCUUCCAUUUCCCAUUAUCUUGGCCUUGGCUGCCUCUCACAACAACCCCAUGAGAUAGAAAAGGCCCCAAUUAUUCACAUGUUUACAAAUAAGGAAAACUACACUGAGGCACACUCCCAUUUUCCUGGUAUUCUCAACAUCACCAAUAACAACACAUGCCCCCCUCUGUAGUUGAGGUCUGUAGUUGAUACCUGAGACUUUAAGGACCGAAACAGAUGAGGAAGGAGCUAAUGCUAUUUCAGCAAAUCUGAAUUCUUGGAUCAACCCUGAGCAGAAUACUCCCAACUCAAGGCUGGGAAGAGAAUGGACAAAUGUUCACUGAUUGAAAAUACUAAGAUAAAAAGCUUAAGAAUUUAUACCUUAUAAAGCUAAUACUGUAUGCUAGGCUCCUUUGUUGUGUCCUGCCAUAAUUAACUCUUCAUUGUAAAUACCAGUUUUUGUUGGCAAUAAAGAAUUUUUAAAACUGU